AUGUGCGAUUGUUGGUCCAACGAUGGCGAGGGAAGAUUCAGAGGUUUGCUGUUGCAAACUACCUCGUUUGCCAAGGAGAUAGUCUAUGAUGGAUUCCUGCAGAAACGUGCUGAGUUGGCACAAGUGGAAUUUGAGAAGUGCUCCUGCCAAGACCAGCGGAAAGCCAUUGUACGGUUGAUUUGCCUGACUCGUAUCUUCGAAAAGGAAAAGGGCAAGCGUGUCCAAGACGAGUUCAUGUCUUUGGAGCCGGACGUGCGCCAGGAACUCACGGAGUUUUUGAAUGCCGACGGCCUCACGGAGCGCGGCUUUCUGCUGUUUCAUUCUCCCACCUUCAUGUUCAACGCCUUCGACAACGAAGCCUUGAGCCCUGCCAAAGCGAUGCGAUUGCUCCUGAAGAUGUAUCAAUUGGCCAACGAAGCGUUCCCAAUCACUAGCGACGGUGCUGGCGUCAUCACGGUCAUGGUGGAAGAAGUGGCCAACUAUGCCAAGAAGUGCACGGAUCCUGAAGUCUUUGAUAGCACCAACCUUGAGAUCAAGCGCUUCCAUGGCACAGAUCGUACCGCGAAGAUUGUGCUGAGCCCGUGGCAAAUUGAGACCAAUCCGGAGCUUCUCGACAAGGAGGUAGAAGCCCUCUUUACUGACGUCUCCAUGCAGGGCUGCAGUGAACAAACCUUUCAGAGUCGCUUGAAGAUAUGUUUUCCGGAAUUCAAAUACAUGGACGACGAGAACUCCGACGAAAUCGUGGCAGAGAUCAAGAAGCGAAGCAUCUGCACCAUGCUCUGCAUUUACUGGUUGUAUGCAGAUCGACAUAUGGAGUUUACCCGAGGGCAAGCAGUCUCUCAGGGCUUGACGGAAGACUCGUGGAGCUUUUUGCGCUCCUGGCUGCAGCCCAUGCUGGAUGACAUCGAAGUGCUGAGCGUGGUUUGCGCGGCAGUCAUGGUGCGAGCGAUUUGCAGCAUCCCCAAGUUCCGACAGCAACAGGCCAAAGGUCUCAGUGAACCCCGAGAUGUGGUGGCACAUGUCCUGAAGCACUGCCCGAAGGUGCUGCCCUCCUAUCAACGAUUAAAUCCGGACGAGCGACAACAACUCGCAGAAAGUCUCGGUCACGACUUCGAACUGCACCUCUUCCUGGACGCUGAGAGCUGUCCGGCGGGGCUGAAGUUUCUACUGCCCUUGGUGCAGUCCGAAACGCCUGAGGUGGCGAGUCGUCGUAACUGUGACUUUGACCCGGUGGCUGUGCUGAUGUGGUCCUCCUUUUUGGAAUUGGCCGGCUCCAUGGGCGCCCAGAGUCAGGAAGGAUCGCUCUACAUGACCGAGGAGCGCUUCCAGAAGAUCCGCAUCGCCGCGGAAAGCAUCCAACAGAUGGCCGAGAGCUCCGUCAGCGAAGUGGAUGUCUACGAUCAAAUCCUGGAGAAGCGCGCCAAGGCUGUUGGGCUGCAGUUGGACAGUUCACUGCCCAGCAAAGCACUGAAGCGCUUGAGUUGCCUCGCCGCUUCCCGUGACAACACAGAUGCAGAGAAUGUGAGACAAGCCCUAGAUGCCUUGAGUGAUGAGGAUCGAGGACGGAUGGUGAAGUACCUGACGAAUGGCGGCUCCCAGGCACCCGAGGAUGCGGAGCCGGGCGGUGCGCGGCCCUGCUUCGCCAUGUUGCAGGCCACAGCCUUCCUGGAGAAGGCCCGCGACAACAAGGAGAUCGGCCUGGCACAGGCCACCCGCACCUUGCUCCGUGUCUACGACGAAGCACAGCGGGAGUUUCAACAUGUGGAUGUGGCCAUGGUGAAGGUUCGCCUGGAGAAGUUGGCGAACUUUGCCGCGGACUUCGUGGGCAGCGCGCAGUUCGAAGACGUGCCCUUCGAGCUGAAACGUUUCUCGAGUUUGGAAGUGGAAGUCAUGCCCAAGGUUUGGAUUCCUGUCAUCAACCAGGCCGUCCUGGAUGACUUGAAUCAAAGCGCCUGCAAACUCUGCACAGAACUUCGAGAACACAAGUUAUCGGAGAGCCGCUUUCGAGAACGGCUCUGUCACGUCUACCCGGAGCUGGGCUACUUCGUGGCUGGCGCCACGCCGGCGGGGCCGGCAGGGCAAGCGGGGCCAGCGGGGCCAGCGCCCAGCACGUUGCGGGACCAAAGCUUCUGUGCUCUUUGUUGCGUUUUCUGGCUGCUCAUGAACCAGCGAGACAACUUUAUCCGCGGUCAGUUGCAAGAUGAAGAGCUCAGCCGCCAGAGCUGGGCAUGGAUACAGGACUGGUUGCAAAAGUCAGUGAAACUGAACACAUGGGAAACCAUUGACGCUGGGUCGCAGGGUGGUAGGAUUCAGGGCAUGGGCAGCCAGGCAUGA